AUGACACAGAAAAAAAUGACUCCUGGAAAUGUCUCCUCCGUGACUGAAUUCAUUCUCAAGGGUUUAACAGACCAACCAGACCUGCAGCUCCCACUCUUCCUCCUCUUUCUAGUAAUGUAUAUGGUCUGUAUGUUAGGGAAUUUAGGUUUAGUCAUUUUAAUAGUGCUGAAUUCACACCUCCACACCCCCAUGUACUUUUUCCUCUGUAACUUGUCCAUCAUAGACAUAUGUUAUUCUUCUGUGUUUACACCCAAAAUGCUGAUUAACUUCAUAUCAAAGAGGAAUUUUAUCUCCUACCCAGGAUGCAUGACUCAGCUUUUCUUUUUCUGUUUUCUUGGUAUUUCUGAGUGCUAUGUGCUGACAUCAAUGGCCUAUGAUCGAUAUGUGGCCAUCUGUAACCCACUCAUGUACAGUGUUGCCAUGUCCACUAAGGUGUGUUCCAGUCUUAUGCUUGGAUCAUACUUCAUGGCAUUUUCUGGUUCUUUGGCUCACACCCUAUGCAUGGUGAGACUGACCUUCUGUGAUGCCUACAUCAUCAACCAUUACUUGUGUGACAUCCUUCCUCUGCUCCAGCUUUCCUGCACAAGCACCUACAUCAAUGAGCUGGCCGUUUUUAUUGUGGGAGGCAUCAACAUCAUUGUGCCCACUGUCACCAUCUUCAUGUCUUAUGGUUUCAUCCUCUUCAGCAUUUUCCGCAUCAGCUCCACAGGAAGCAGGUCCAAAGCCUUCAGCACCUGCGGCUCCCACAUCAUUGCAGUUUCUCUCUUCUUUGGAUCAGCUUCAUUUAUGUAUCUCAAGCCCUCUUCUGCUGGGUCUAUGGAGCAGGGAAAAAUCUCCUCUGUCUUUUAUACCAAUGUGGUUCCUAUGAUGAACCCCUUAAUUUAUAGCUUGAGGAAUAAAGAUGUUAAUCUGGCUAUGAAAAGAAUUCUAAGUAGGAUGAAGUUUUCAUCAUAA